UCUUGUCUACUUGUAGUCCAGAUGCAGUCUUCAUCCUGAGAUCAGUCUGAGCAAAGACGAGGGACAGGACAACAAGCGUAAUCUCCUACUGAUCUGUUCCUGGAAGCAUGCAUGCUCUGUACGUGUCUGUGCUGCUCUAUUUUCUUCUCCUCGGCUUCCUGCCUCUUACAGGAGCAGAGGAGAGCGAUGCAGCUGGCAGGAGGGGGGAGAGAGAGAAACGAAGCCUUCCCUACUGGGGAAUGUGGUCGUCAGACUUUUUUGGGUGGUUGGAGGAGCUGCAAGCCCAGGCAGCUCACAACGGGAUGCAGGACCUGGCUCGUACCUUCUGGGCUCACUUCCCUAUCGGCAGCCAGCUGGGCUACGAUAGUCCCGAGUCUGACCCUCAACCUGAGGAGUGAGGCAGAGCGAAGAUGAGAGAUUUAAGAGUCUGAGGGAGAGUAGAAGUGCAUUUGUUUUAGUAGGUGUACCUAAUAAACUGGCAACACUAUUUUGCGAUUAAUACUGCUAUGCUUUUAUUUUGAAUGCAGGCCUUUUUCAUGUAAUGGUAAUGGAGGAUUUUUACAUUGUUGUAUUGGCACAUUUACGUAAUUAAAGAAUCGGAAUACUUGGUGUUACUUUGAAGUAUCUGAGACGCCAAACUGAAGUAAUUCAUUAUUUUCCUGGAGCACACUUCUAAAAUAUGUCAUCAGUUAAAAAUCCUGUUUAUAAGCAAUUCUCAUAAAUCUAAGAAAAGUGAAUGUCAAGGUGAUAAACAAUGAUAAGUGUUUUUUUAUUGAG